AUGAAUAAAUGUAUCCCAUAUAAAUACACAUUUUUAGUAUUGUUUAUAUUGAUUGGAUAUGUAUAUUGUGCUGAUCAACCAAAUGAUCAAUCGAAAGAUGUUAAAGGAAUAGGGUCUGUUGAUUGUGAUUCUGAUCAGGAAGAAAAUAAUUUUCAAGUAACUGAACUAACUGAAAUAUCUAAAGAUGAUCAACGGCAAGAUGAUAUUCUCCAAAAUUCUGAAGAAAUAAUUAUUGGGGAAGAAGAAAGUGUAGAAGAACAACAACAAAAUCAAGAAGGUCAAGAAGAAACUGUAGAAGAGCAAGAACAAAAUCAAGGUCAAGAAGAAACUGUAGAAUUAGAACAACAACAAGUACCAAUGAUAUAUUAUGGUCCUCAGUAUCAAACACAACCCAUUCCUAUGAGUCAACAUAUACCAGCAAACUAUUAUGUAACUGGUUUUGAUCAUAAUUAUCCUCGUUAUGGGCCCCAACCUAUGCCACCUUUACAACAGUAUCCACUACCAACGCAACCUCAACCUCAACCUCAGUAUCAACCUCAGCCACAACAACCUUAUCCACCUGUUUAUUAUCAACCUCAACCUGUUUAUCAACAAGCAUAUCAAUAUCCAGGAUAUCAACAACAACCUACACCACAGUAUUAUACAGGAUAUGGACCUUAUCAAACUCAACCACCUCAAGGUACAGGUUAUUAUGGACCACAAUAUCAACCUCAGCCUACUCAACAACCCAGUCAACAAUAUUAUCAACAUCAACAUCAACAUCAACCAUAUCAAGGAUACCAACCUCAACAGCCUUAUUAUGGUCCAAUGUUGCAACCUCCACCUGUAACACGAUAUCCUCUACCACCACCUCAGCCUGCACCUCAACAACCACAGUAUGGUCCAAUACCCCAUCCAAUACCACAAUAUGGACCUCCACAACAUGUCCAAGGAUAUAUCACAUAUCCUUUCAUACAACAAGAAAGGAUUUUAACUCAUCCAUCAAUAAUUAGUUAUCCUCAUGUUCAAUUUAGACUCAGUGGUCCAAAACCUCAACCGAAAUUACCUUUUCCAGAACCUAGAGGAUAUUUUAGACCUGAUAAUCCUAUUUUUGCUAGACAUAAUACAAAAUUUUAUAGUCAAAAUAAAUAUCUUUCACAAUCCAGCUCAGAUCAAUCAGACGAACACCAAACUAAAGAACCUACUACUGAAGACUCUAAAGCAGCUACUACUCAAGAACCCGAAAAAUCUGAACAACAAACUAAAGAACCUCCUACUGAAGUGCCUACUGAAACUACUCAAGAAGACUCUACAGAACAUACUAAAGAAGCUACUACUCAACAUAAUCAACUAACUACUGAAGGAUUACAGCCAGAAACUAUUCCAGUAGAAGUUGGAUCAGAUGAAGAUGAAGAACCUCCAGAACCACCAAAGGGACCUGAAGACGGAGCUGAAGGAGAUGAUGAGGAGGAAGAAUAUGAGGAAGGAAAAAACCCACCUAAAGUUGUUAAAAAGUGUAAUAAAAUAUCUCUUAUGAAAAAGAAUGAAGAAGGUGAAUUAAUUGAAAUGAUUGAAGGAGAAGACUACAAAGUGAUAUGGAAAAAUUCAAAUAAAAGCAAAUAUGAAUUUCUAGGAAACCUUGAGGAAAUACUUUGUGAUGGUGAAGUUGUUUAUACUAAUAGGCCUGAAAACGGAUAUCCCUCAUUGUUAACAUACAAUAUAACAUUGUCUGUAUUUGUUCUACGACGUCAAGGUGGACAUGUUGUAGUUAAAUGUGUUGAUGGGAAAUGGAUACCAGAGGGACGAAAAAUACCCGGAUUCAUGAAAAUGUUCAUAAAAGAUUAUUUUGGAAAUGAAAUUGAACUAGUUGAAGGAGAUUAUUUUCUGGAUCUAACUGCGUGUAAAUCGUACAAAUAUACAUUUGCAGUAGGCAUAGCUUGUACUAGAAUUGAGGUUAGGGGUGAAACAGUUUGGGAAAAAACAGAUGACGAUCCGUUUCCAAUUUCUUGUUGUAUCACUUUUAAAAUGAAUCUCAUCGUUAAUUUUGGUCAAUACAACAAAAUAUUUGCAAAGAGGAAAGGAGUUUUCAAAUUAUUAAUAAUUAAAAAUAAAUAA